AUGUAUGAGGGUCUGUCGCAACGCUACACUGCAGCAGGAGUGCAGAAGGCAAACUUCCAGUGGGUUGACAGGGACUGCUGUGCUGCCUUUAAGGUCCUGCAACCUGGGGCUCAGGAUCACAUCUCAUGGGACUGCUGGAGGACCUCAGAGGCCAUCGUGGCACAAGCGACCUCUGGAAACCUGGCAAACAACAGUGCCUCAAGACUCAAGUUUAACCAAGACAUCACCAUCAAGUUAGACUUGUUUCACUGCAUGCGCCGGUUUACCAGAGAGUGUGUGUCAGAACACCAUUCCCUUUAUAGUUCCUUUUGCCAGUUCCUCUCUGCAGCAUUCGUUGUGGUGGACCAGGGUGACCUCAAGAGGCUCCAGGAGGCGUACAAGUUCUGCAAAAUCUCUCCUGCUAACCCCACCAAGCAGCACAUCAGAGAGCACUGUAGAACGAAGGUGCCACAGCCCAGAGAACUGCUGCAGAGGGUAGAAGAUGUUUUACAUCAUUUCUACCUGGCAAAGGACAGCAACGAUGUGCCCCUCUUCAAGGCCUCCAUGUUGAGGGUGUGGAGGAUUCAGCGCAUCCACAUCCUGAGAGGCUGCCUGAGCGACCCUGAGGUCAAGGAGGGAAUCCUAUACAGGAGGGCUUCCACUCACCAAGCCCAGUGGGUGACAGGAAACCGGGUUUCCUGUGAGCUCUUCCAGGCCCAGGCAUUGACUGGAGUGGUGAGGUGGAACUUUCAGCGGCUGGUGGACCUGAAGCAGCCUGGUGUCGAGCUGCCAGCUGUGUUUGACCCCCUGUUGAUUACACAGCUAAACACAGCCUCUGUCAGAGUGACAGGGAGGGCCAAAUAUGCAGCUCUGCAGGCAUUAAACAGGGACACAGGGGAGAGAUUUGGGCUGCAGUAUCUAGAGCCAGGCUGUCGUCCGGUUGUUUUAGACUGGGACAAACACAGGACACAAGUCAACACUGAAGCUGCUGAAGUCGUGGAGAUGGAGGAUCACUUCUCUGCUGCUGCAGUGAGCACAGACUCUCAGGAGCCCAGUGAUGAUGGAGUUGGACCAGUGCCAGUCCUGUCUUCUCAACAGUGCUCUGCAGAAGUUUCCAAGUCCCAGCAGCCACUGAUACCAGCUUCUGCCACAGACCUGCCAGGGGUAGCGCCAUUGCCCAUAGCCUCCUCUCCCCGGGCCGCCCGCACUGGACCAAUAAAGACGGGAGGUCUCAUUCAGGUCCUGGACCACAGCCAGUGGACAGGGGCUAUGAGAUCUGCCAUCGACGGGCUCCUGUACAAGCACCAUGGGGCCAAGGACAUCCUAAAACGGGUGGAUGCAGACUAUGCUGCCAUGGUUCAGCAAGCAUGCAACGACCCCAACAGCCUUCUCCAUCCCACCACAUGCCAACAUAUCUCCAGAUAUGUUAAACACCUGGCAAAAUUAAAAAACACAAGCUCCUCCCUCAAUACCAGCCCAGAGAAGGUAUUUGAGACACAACAGUUGUGGCAGAGUUUGGCCACAGGCAGCGAAACAGUCAGUGUGCCUGUUGUGACUUUGCCCCCUGCCACGUUCAACCCUCCACCUGUGGCUCCCCCCCAGGAGGAGUCAGUGAGCCGAGCCACAGUGGAGAAGAUUGUUGAAGACAUUCUAGGGAAACAGCAACAACAGCAGGAGCAGCAGGAGCAGCAGAAGGAGAAGAAGACCAGGAACUGUCUAGCCUGCGGUCAGCCAAAGUCCCGGUAUCUCGGCGACGGCUCUUCUAUUCAUUUUUUUUACCAGUCGAAAACAGUAAAGUACUUCUACUGCUCCACUAAGGUGUUUAACACGACUUUGCUGCAUCUCCUUUCUUUGAGCGGGAGCUGGAGGCGGCCAAACAGAGGUCGGCUGAGUGGAGGAAGGUGGCAGAGGAGAGGGCAAAGAGGAAGAGUGAGGUGCAGCUGCCAAAAGGUCGUCUGUGCAGGUUCUGCCACCGGCCUCUAAAGCAGGGCCCUGACAGCCCUCAUAUCCACACCAGCUUCCCCGGGGUGCCGGGGAAAUACAUCUACUGCCCCUCCAGAGUGUUUUCCCUGUACAAGGAGCAGGGCAUGGUGAGGAAGAUGAGCUGGAGGGACUUCCAACAGUCUGCCUUCUUCACGGCUGAAAGG